AUGUCAUAUAUACCAGACUAUUACAGAAGGAGCUUUUAUCAUAAUGAUGACUAUAAAGGGGUUAUUGGUGUUGGGAAGAGAGAUGAAAUCAACGAGAAAAUAAACAAAACGUUGGACAUUAUUUAUGACCGAUCACAUGCAUUGUCUUGUUUGGUGUUUCAGGAUACAUCCAGUCUUUAUAAGAUAUUGGCAAGUGAAAAUAUUGAACUGAAACCAUACUUUGAACAACAGAGCACAUCGAAAAAGAUUGGACUGGAUGCGGAAGAAGAAGAAGUAGAAAAAGAAGAAGAAAAUCUCACAAAUGAGCAUCUUGUCAAUCCGAAAGAGAAGGCUAGACACUUUAUAACUUUAGAAGAGAUGCUACGUGGAAAUGUGACAUUAGUUAUUAGUAUAUCCAAUGUGCCUGUGGAUAUAUUGAUGUAUGGGGCGCUAGUUGAAGAACUACUUACAUACCUGGUUGUUGAAAUACACCGAUCCGUACCUAGUUUGAAACUAAAGAGUGACUCCAAAGAUUUAGAAAUCAGCAAAGUUUUCCAAUGGAGUUAUAUGGGCGUUAAGGGAGGAGAGGAUAUUUUUGUGAGGUUUGAUGACGUGGUGAUGUUGUAUAUGUUUUGGAAGUUUUUUGACAAUUUUGAAAUAGCAGGGGUAACAAUUCAUGUUGGAAAGGAUAAAAGUGCAGAGGCUAUAUUUCAGAGGAUAAACGAAAAAUUUGAUAUUGAUUUGAAACCACUUAAUACAUUGAAAGAGAAAGUGAUUCUCCACAUUACCGAACUCCAACAAAUAGGGGCCAAAGCAAGGGAAAGUGAGCAAAAAGAAGAUGAUUAUUUAACUAGGUUCAGAAAAAUGUCUGAAACAUACAUUGUCAACCCUAAAGAUUUAUUUGAUGUUCCUGUAGAUAUGGUGGAAAAAGUAAAACAGAACAUUCUUGAUUUCAGAUUACACGUAUUGAAAGACUUGGAAAAAAAACAGAGGGAAAGAGCACUGCAGGACAAACUUGAAGCUCGAAAGCAAACGAACAAGGUGCAUGAGAUUUCGGCCGAAACUAAAAGGCCUCACAGGUAUGGUAAGCCUGUCUCUGACAUUCAAUUUGAAAGUAUGCUUCAAAGCAGGGAAAAAGCAGCUGCAGAGAAAAACUACUUGGUCAAGUUGAAUCAAUACAAAAGGCGUGAAGAGGCCAGAAUGAAAAACUACAUCAACUUCUCUAAGUUCAACAAACAUGAAUCAUAUAUCAACUCUGUUGUACCUCAACAACGAAGAAAGUUUCUUGCUUCUUUUGUUGACGGCGUUGUCAAUGAGAACAAUAAAAUUGACAAAAAUUUUACUUAUUAUACAAAACAUGCCAACUACGUGAAAUAUAGACUGAAUAGUAAAACUAAUGAGGAGAAGCUAGAUAAACUUGAUGAAGAUGAAGAAGAGAAGGAAAACCUUGAGCUAAAUGACGAGAAAAAUGAUCUUAAGACAACAACGGGUGUUAUCGAUAGGAAUGACCAUGUAUUGAAAAAUCCAGCGUAUACUGAAGGAGGUAGAGAAUGA